UAUCCCUCACAGCUAGAAACUAAGAACACUUCUUCCUUAUAAGUUACACUCGAUGCCAAGUGCGGCUAGUAAAAGCAACCACCUUUAUCUAAGCCCAUCACAAAGCCUAGUAUGACAAACAUGCGCUUUUCACAAACAGAUUCUCCUUCUUCAACUUUCUCUAUGAAGAACAGCACAAGUAGCAAGGCAAAAUUGAAUAGUUCUCUGAGAAAAAGUUGGAACAAAAAUCAAGCUUCAUCUCCAAUGCUGCCUCUCUCAAAAUGAAAAAAUUUACGUACACCACAAAAUUUUAAACCUAAACAACAACACAAGCCCUUCAAACCCUCUUCACAACCCCUCUACUACCCUCCAUUCCCCUCCAAUCCCCCAUCCACUCAACCCCCUACCCAAAGCACCUCCAACCUCAGCCUGCCCAAAUCCUCCCACCUCCAGAACGUCUACUCCUUCUCAACCCUGACCCUCUCAAAAUACCCCAAGAACUCCAAGCACUCCAAAUAGACACCCUUAACUCUCCCUUUUGGUCUCUAAAUCCUCAAAAUCUCCCUCCCCUCCUUCCUAGCCCACACAAGAUUUCAGGCAAUUACCUACUCAUUCAGCUGGAAACCCUGAUUCUGAAGUAUAAAGCUAAAGGGGUUAGUAAGAAUCUGAACUGGGAUAUGGCUCGAACUAUUAAUAAUUUCAAUAAAGAGAACA